AGAAGAAGAAGAAGAAGAAGAAGAAGAGAAAGACGAAAAGGAAGAUGACCUCGCAACGUGUGGAUGUGGCAGCUGCUGUGUGCGCGUUCUUGCAGCGUGCACAGAACAAUGAGCGGAGCACGGGCAACGCUGACAACGCGGCUUCUCUUCAAGUCGCGUUGGACUGCAUCCAGCAGGUGUUCCCUGUGACAGCGGCGCACCUGGCUGCUGCCCCCGAGCUGGAGGCGCUGGUCACGCCAGCAGAACGCCCGGCCGUUGACGUGGACGCAGAGGCCCUCAAGCACAAGCAGAAUGGCAACGAGCUGAUGGCGACCAAGGACUUCCAGGGCGCCUACGACGAGUACACGGAGGCCAUCCGUCUCAAGGAGGAUGCCAUCUUCUACGGUAACAGGGCUGCUGCGUGCAUCUCCAUGGAGCGUUUUGAGGCGGCCAUUGAGGACUGCAAGCGCUCGCUCAAGAUUGACCCAAACUACGUCAAGAGCCACGCCCGCAUGGGCCACGCAUACAAGGCACUCCGCAAGUUCAAGGAGGCGCUGGCUGCGUAUCAGGAGGCGACGCGCUGUGACCCUGCCAACCAGAACUACAAGGCGUGCAUCGCGGAGCUGAAGGGUGUGCUUGGCGAGGACGCUGCGACAGCACAGGACGAGGAGGAGCCCGCCAUCGAAGAGCCCGAGGAAGAGGAAGGCGAAGAACAACAACAGCAGCAGCAGCAACAGCAGGGUGGUCAGGACCCGCUUGCUUCGAUGUUUGGGGCGCUCGGUGGCCAGGGAUCGUCACCAGGCGGCCUCGACUUCGGCUCUCUCCUCAGCAACCCAGCAGUCAUGUCAAUGGCAAGCUCUGUCAUGUCAAACCCUGACAUGCAGCAGAUGCUGGGCGGAUUCAUGGCCAACAUGCAGCAACCGCAGCAGCAGCAGCCAGGCAACAACAACAGCAACAACAACGAGAGCAACGGCGAGAGCAACGGCGAGGAGGAACAGCACCACCACUACUUCUCGUAAGGAUGUACGAGCGUGCAUCCGCUAUGUGCGCGGCGUGGGAAGCCAUUUAGCCCCUCCCUGAUGCAACGUGCAUGUUUCACCUCCCUCAGUCGUGUUCUUGUGCUCCCCUAUUCUCCACCCCCCCCCCCUCCAUUCUUGCUGUCUUCACGAAUCGGUUUCACACCAACAUCCAAUUUCCCUUUCCUCAUCGACGUUUUGAGUCCCGACUGUUCACUGUGGUGCGCUGCUACGAGUAAGAUCGUGACAUGCUGUGACGGUGGCUGGCAUUGGGGCAUUGCGGGUGCACGAAGCACCCAACCACAUACAUCACGCAAACAGAGUGGAUUGG